AGUGCUAAGCAAAUACAGGAACCAAAAAGGGUUAUAGAGGCUGCUUCACGCUGUCUCAUUCAGUUCCUUUGCUGUCCUCUUCUUCAGCACAUGCCAAAGCAGUUCCUCACAACCUGUGGGACCAGAGCAUCUUGGGUGUGUGACAAUGGAAGAGUUGGAUGCCUUAUUGGAGGAACUGGAGCGCUCCACCCUCCAAGACAGUGAUGAAUCCUCCAGCCCAGCUCCUCUUUCCCUGGAUCAGCACUCCAGAAAGGAGAGUAACCUUGCUAAGACUUCAGAGACCCCUUCUGUUCAGAAUGAUGCAAGUCCCUUGCCGGUGCAGCUCGUGUAUACUACCCAUAUCCAGGAGCACAAUAUCUACAGUGAGGCCCAAAAGCCAAAGGAAGCACCACAUCCUCCGAAAACCUCAGCAGCUGCUCAGCUGGAUGAGCUCAUGGCCCACCUGUGUGAGAUGCAGACCCAGGUUGCAGUGAAAGCAGAUGCCAGCAAGAAACACACAGCAAAUAAGCAAGAUCCCAAGGCCUCCCUGGACUCAAUGCUGGGGGGAUUGGAGCAGGAUCUGCAGGACCUUGGAGUUGCCACAGUGCCCAAGGGCCACUGUGCUUCCUGUCAGAAACCGAUUGCAGGAAAGGUGAUCCAUGCUCUAGGGCAAGCGUGGCAUCCAGAGCACUUUGUCUGCACUCACUGCAAGGAGGAGAUCGGCUCCCAUCCCUUCUUUGAGCGGAGUGGCUUGGCCUACUGCCCCAAGGACUACCACCAUCUCUUUUCCCCACGCUGCGCUUACUGUGCUGCUCCCAUCCUGGAUAAAGUGCUGACGGCAAUGAACCAAACCUGGCACCCAGAGCACUUCUUCUGCUCUCACUGCGGAGAGGUGUUUGGUGCAGAAGGCUUUCAUGAGAAGGACAAGAAGCCAUACUGCCGGAAGGAUUUCCUAGCCAUGUUCUCACCCAAGUGUGGCGGCUGCAACCGCCCCGUGUUGGAAAACUACCUUUCAGCCAUGGACACUGUCUGGCACCCGGAAUGCUUUGUGUGUGGGGACUGCUUCAGCAGUUUUUCUUCCGGCUCCUUCUUUGAACUGGACAGACGUCCAUACUGUGAGCUCCAUUACCAUCAGCGGCGGGGAACACUCUGCCACGGGUGUGGGCAGCCCAUCACUGGCCGCUGCAUCAGUGCCAUGGGCCACAAGUUCCAUCCCGAGCACUUCGUCUGUGCUUUCUGCCUGACACAGCUGUCAAAGGGCAUCUUCAAGGAGCAGGACGACAAGACCUAUUGUCAACCCUGCUUCGUGAAACUGUUCCCACUGUAAUCUCAGCUGAACCCACAGUCUCCACAGAUCCCCUCCAAAAUUUAAACCAGGAGGGGAAGGAGUAUACUUUGUUGUUACUGCUCUUCAGCUCAGUGGGCGUAUAG